UACUCCGUCACCUGCCUGCGCUCUCUCUCCGCUCGGUCUGCGCAUCCAUGUGGGCUUUCCCUCCGCGCCGUGCGCCUCAUUGGCCUCUCCGCGCAUCCGUCUUCCUCCACGACCAACAAUAGACCCACAGACGCGCACAGGCACACGCGCGGAACGUCCACUCGCGCGCGCCGGCAGCCGCAGCGCGCACGGAGCUUUCGAGGAGCGGCGGUGAGAGAUGUUGGCGGACCCGCGACUCGCCGACUCUUCCUUUCUUUGCAGCUUCACAUCGGCGAGGAGCGCGGGGAAGGAAGCCUCAGCGAUGCGCUCAGCAGCCGGGGAGUUGAAGUAAGGGAGACCCGGGGGCCCGCUGGAAGAACAACAAAGCAAGAGGAGAGGAGGGGUGGGGGGGUGGGGGAAGAUUUUUUUCCCCCUGCGAAGAUGACUGAGUGGUGACAAAGAAAUAAACGGGGAGCCCCUCUGGCUUCGGCUGACACCCGCUACAACUUGAAGGCGUUCAGGGGCACCAGCUCGCUCCGACUUGGACAGCUUUUUAUUGCCACUAUUCCUGGAGGGGAACCAUGCCGGUCCGGAGGGGUCAUGUUGCGCCACAAAACACAUUUCUGGGAGUAAUUAUUCGGAAAUUCGAAGGGCAGAAUAAGAAAUUCAUCAUAGCCAAUGCCCGGGUGCAGAACUGUGCGAUCAUCUACUGUAACGACGGCUUCUGCGAGAUGACGGGCUUCUCCAGGCCGGACGUCAUGCAGAAGCCGUGCACUUGCGACUUCCUGCACGGCCAGUUCACCACCCGGCAUGCCGUGGCCCAGGUGGCCCAGGCGCUGCUGGGCUCCGAGGAGAGGAAGGUGGAGAUCACCUACCACCGCAAGGACGGUUCAAACUUCCUGUGCGCCACCCACAUCAUUCCUGUGAAGAACGAGGAGGGCGUGGUCAUGAUGUUCAUCCUUAACUUCGAUUACAUCCUGGACGAGGACAGCAGCGACUCGCUGGAGAGACUCAACCACACGUCUCCUUCCAAAGCCGACCAGCGGAAGGGGAGAUUCUUUCGCUUCCGUUUGCCGGCCUUACCUCUCCUGGGUAUCAGCAAGCAGUCCCUGCCCCAGGAAGAUCCCGACGCCGUCAUGGUGGACUCCCCUCGCCACAGUGAUGGCUCGGUGGUGACACGUGACUACCAACUUCCCACUACCCGCGAGAGCUGCAGUCCCUCCUACGCAAAUGAUACCCGUGCCCUCAUUGGCCCCAGCCACUGCUCCACCCCCGUCUCCGGGCCUUUGGACCACUCGUCACCAAAAGGCCCCUGGGACCGGACGUACCCGGACCAGGGCGUCGCCCAGACCCAACGCCAGAGUCAGGAGGACACACUCAUCACAGCCCCGUCGAUCCCGGGCCUCACUCCAACCGCCUCCAGAGAGAGCAUGUGCAGUAUUCGCAGAGCUUCCUCCGUACACGAAAUAGAAGGCUUCGGGUCCAACUCCAAGAUGACAUUCAGGGACCGACACGCCAGUGAAGGGCCUCUCAGUCAGAUCAAAUCCAGCCUGCUCGGCUCCACGUCUGACUCCAACCUCAACAAGUACAGCACGAUAAACAAGAUCCUCAUCACGCUGAACUUCUCUGAAGCCAACAACGAGAAGAAGUGCCCCUCCCCUCCGUCCUCUGAGAAGACCAUCAUCGCCCCGAAAGUCAAAGAUCGUACGCACAACGUCACGGAUAAGGUCACACAGGUUCUUUCUCUGGGUGCAGACGUGCUUCCCGAAUACAAACUCCAGACGCCACGCAUAGACAAGUUUACAAUCCUCCACUACAGCCCCUUCAAAGCGGUGUGGGACUGGCUGAUCCUGCUGCUGGUCAUCUACACGGCCAUCUUCACGCCCUACUCGGCCGCCUUCCUCCUCCACGACAUCGAGGAGCAGAGGCGGCGGGAGUGCGGCUACUCGUGCUCGCCGCUCAACGUGGUGGACCUGAUCGUGGACAUCAUGUUCAUCGUGGACAUCCUCAUCAACUUCAGGACCACUUACGUCAACAUCAACGAGGAGGUGGUCAGCCACCCGGCCAAGAUCGCCAUCCACUACUUCAAAGGCUGGUUCCUCAUAGACAUGGUGGCCGCCAUCCCGUUCGACCUGCUCAUCUUCGGCUCAGGAUCAGAGGAGACCACCACUCUCAUCGGCCUGCUGAAGACCGCCCGCCUCCUACGGCUGGUAAGAGUCGCCCGUAAGCUGGACCGCUACUCAGAGUACGGUGCUGCCGUCCUCAUGCUGCUCAUGUGCAUCUUCGCCCUCAUCGCACAUUGGUUGGCCUGCAUCUGGUACGCACUCGGCAACGUGGAGAUGCGAUAUCUGGAGCAUAAGAUCGGCUGGCUGGACAACUUGGGGGUGUCGAUAGGAAAAAGAUACAACUCCAGUGACCCCAGCUCAGGUCCGUCCAUCAAAGAUAAGUACGUCACGGCGCUUUACUUCACCUUCAGCAGUCUGACCAGCGUGGGCUUUGGAAACGUCUCCCCCAACACCAACUCCGAGAAGAUCUUCUCCAUCUGUGUCAUGCUCAUUGGAUCUCUGAUGUACGCCAGCAUCUUCGGGAACGUGUCCGCCAUCAUCCAGCGGCUGUAUUCAGGUACGGCCAGGUAUCACCUCCAGAUGCUGCGGGUCAAAGAGUUCAUUCGCUUCCACCAGAUCCCCAACCCGCUGAGGCAGAGGCUGGAGGAGUAUUUCCAACACGCCUGGACGUACACCAACGGCAUCGACAUGAACAUGGAGGUCCUGAAGGGUUUCCCAGAGUGCCUGCAGGCAGACAUCUGCCUCCACCUCAACAAGAACCUUCUGCAGGGCUGUAAGGCAUUUCGAGGAGCUACCAAAGGCUGCCUUCGGGCCCUGGCCAUGAGGUUCAAGACCACCCAUGCACCCCCUGGAGACACGCUGGUCCACUCUGGAGAUGUGCUCACGGCGCUCUACUUCGUCUCCCGCGGCUCCAUCGAAAUCCUCAAAGAUGACAUUGUGGUGGCCAUCCUGGGUAAGAACGACAUCUUCGGUGAGAUGAUCCACCUGUACACCAAACCUGGGAAGUCCUGUGCAGAUGUGCGAGCUCUGAGCUACUGCGACCUGCACACCAUUCAGAGGGAGGAGAUUCUGGAGGUGCUGGACAUGUAUCCAGAGUUCGCUGACCAUUUCCUCACUAACCUGGAGUUAACCUUUGACCUCCGUGAUGAAAAGACGACUAACCCACAAGCAGCUGAUUCUAACUCGGAUGACGUCAAGUGUCGAAGGCGGGUGUCAUACAGAAGAAAGUCUUCCUCAGGCUCCCACAGCAACGACCCAGCGGCCGCCUACAGCGAAGCAAAGCAGGGGAGGCAGAUCUACGCCUCCUCAGCAGCUGAGGGAGAGGAUGAGGAGGAUGGCAGGGAGGAGGAAGAGGAGCAGAGGCCCUUGUGUUCUGGUGUGCUGGGCUACCCGGUGGUUAGGGACCUCGGACUGAGCAGCGCACCAGAAGCACCGCCUGGAGAGAACACGCACAACCAGGAAUAUAAAGAGCUCCAUGUGGACGAGUGGGUCCAUCAGCGUCCCGGUGACGGAGCGGAGGAGUCGGCCCAGUGUCAGGAGACGCCGGCCGGGGAGGAGGACAGCGACACGGACCUCACCUACGGAGAGGUGGAGCAACGGCUGGACCUGCUGCAGCAACACCUGAACAGGCUGGAGUCUCAGAUGACGGCUGACAUCCAGGCCAUCCUGCAGCUCCUCCAGAGACAGACCACAGCCGGCCCCCCCGCCUACAGCACCGUCACGUCCAGCCCCGAGUACCAGAGGCCGGCCAUCAGGGUCCAGCCGGUGUCGGAGCUCAGCCUGGGUCCAGCUCCACCUCGGCCUCAGAGUCCUGCUUCAGAGACGGGCCCCAGCAAAUCCAAAGAACCCUCCCCAGUCCUCCUCCUCCACACACAGACUCUUCCAGACGGGAGCUUUACUGGACUGCUGGACAGCGACGCCGAGCAGAGACAAACGCCGAACGCCGUGGACUCGGCAGAGCAGCAGCACCAACAGCCGCCGCCGAGGUUCCCGUCAGGCCGGCAAGCCUCUCUACCCGACGUCCCCAGCAGCUCAGGAAUGUUGGGACUCCACAGGCCGGUGUCUGACCCGGGGCUUCCAGGAAAGUAGGCCCCUUCCUGCCCAAAAAAAAAAACCCUUCUACGAUGACUGAAGGUCUCCUCUCCAGCUUGACUCAGGGUCUAAGAAAGAGACUGAUUAUGCAAAGGAUAAAAACUGUAGACUUUCUUCCAUUCCUUUUGAGAAAACCUCCCAGCCCUAAGCGUCCCUCCGCUCUGAUUUAGAUGUAUAAACUCAUUUAUACAGAGGUAUUUAUAAACUAUAUUAUUAACAUGUGUAAAGUCAUCAUCUACUGUGUACAUACUUCCAAUAGAACACUGCCAGCAACACGAGGCACCUGAUGUGCUUUUUCUAAAAGAUAUGCAUGACCUGGGUUCUCAUGUUUCCUCUUUUCGUUGCACGUUGCUCACCAGGCGAUCAGGUGUGAUCUCUGCAUGCUCACAGACUACUGUAGCUAUCAAGUCUCAUUUUCUACUACUCUCCCCUCUUCACGGGGGGAACAAAGCUACUUGAAACUCUUUCCGAGGCAUUUCUCUGUUUCACUCCACAGCUUUGAAGCUCCUGUUUUAUCAGCAGAAAAACUGACGCAGCCACAGACUUACAGAGAGAGCUGUCUGUAUAUUUAGUGUGCCUACUGUACACCACAUUGCCAUGAAAGAUGGAAACCCACUCCUUAUUCAGUGUAAAAAAAAUGACAUCCCAUAGCACAACGACAACUUCUGUCAGUCUUUGAGAGCAAUAAUGACGAGCCAGUACAGGAAAUCCACUGAUCUGUGUUUACUUCUCGAGUUAAAUACGCCGUGGAAGUAAUUUUACAAAACCUGACCGAGGAAAACAAGAUGCUGCCGAUUCAUUCGCUUGUCGGGAUUAAACGGCGUUAAGCUUCACGGAUUUAGGUUGACAUUAAUGUUCAAAGGAGUAGAUUUGAAAACAUGAGGCCAUAAUUACCAUGAAGCUGCAUUCUUCAGCUUAAUGUGAGGUGGAAAGUGGCACGAAAGUCUUUCUGUGACCAAUUAGAGAUGAGUUUCUCCACAGGAAAAUUUAUUUUUGUGCAUUUUAUUUUUAGAAAAGUGACAAAAUCUGAAAUAUUCAAUUAAGCGCAACAUUAUUCAUUCAGUCAAGAACAGUCUAAGCACAAAACAAAAGCUAACUGCUACAGCCAUGCCAUGAAAUUACAUUAAUAAGAGACAUUUUAUGAGAGAUUUUAAUGGCACAGGUUGAUUGUUCUUUGCCAUGUCCCUUAAGAACAGCUGAUGCCGUAGUUGUCUCAUCCAUUUCUAACCAGUUCAAAGUCCACCACUAAGAGGAGAGCUGCACAUCGUGGCUGCUUACAAAAAGAGAAAAGGCGAUAAAGCCAAAGAACAGAGCGAUGACAUGGAAGCUGAAAGGCCUGGAGAUCGUCACCAAGAGAAGUACAAGUCUCUCCAGUCAGAAGACAACCAUUAGUGAAGUAAAAAGUCACCACUUACCAGAACCUGGCACGGCUAUUCAGCUGUUUGUUUGCACAGAAUCUUCAGCUGGUUUCAUUGAAACAUCCCAAAAUCACUUCCACAAACUGAUGUCAUCUCUGAAUCUUAAAAUCUUUGUCAUGUUAUCAGCAGAAACCGUGUAUUUGUCAUUUGGUCACAAAAAGUCCAAUCUCCUGCCUCAACAUUAAACAUCUGGACAGGAAGUAACGCCCUGAAUCGUCUUCACAGCUGGCGGGAGUUUUUCAGUUCCAUUCUGUUGCAUGCUUUAGCUCUUCCAUUAUCCUUCCAAAACGUACAAUUUCCCGACUUACUAACAAAACAUCAUCACAGCACUUCAAACUGCACAGAAAGACGGUUUCUUUCGUGUGUUUUCGGCUGAGGACGGCUCAGCCUUGGACAGCCUUAGCUCGACUUGCCUGCUCUCGCCUUUACGAACCAUCAGCCCGACGCGCCGACAACCUGCUCCUCCUCCUCCGUGUAAAUGUUUCUAGAUUGAACUGCAUGAUGAAAAUGAAUUAGUCCUUUUAGUUUUCUAGCUGCAUAGCCUCCAAGACGAGCUCACGUAUUGCAUGGAGACUGCACUCGGCUCAAUUAUAAAAGGUCUCGAUUAAACAUGUAAGGUACAGCACAUAACAAUCCACAGAUUUAGAAAACAAAAAAACUGUUACCUAUUUUUCUAAAACAAAGUAUUUAAUUUGCCCUUAUUUUUAUAUGUACCUUAUUUGUUUUUAAAGACAAAACUUGCUCUUUGAAUGCUGUGGACUGCUUCCAGGAUGACGAUGAUGAUGAUGAUGAUGAUGAUGAUGAUGAUGAUGAUGAUUUAGCCUCUCAAUGUAGCAAGCAGGACCUGCAAGACGGACAACACUCAAACCCGGGUGUUGCGCUGACUCCGUGCUGUUUCAUUAGUUUGUCUUGAUUUGAUUUCUGCAGUUUCAACACGGACUUUUCCCUCUGGAUUCACAGCCCUGUGACUCCUCGCCCUUCGGUAGAACACAUCGAGCGGAUUAAACGCUGAAAAUCUGAUUUGUUUCUUCAACAAGAGCUGAAAAGGGGGAGAUCAUCUGAAGAGGAGACAAGAGAAAGCUUUUCUUUCCAGGACAACACCAUCGUUUCCGGCAGAAUACCUUCUCUCUUUUUCUUUUACAAGCUUUCUCCUCGAGCACAGAUGUAGAACAAAAGUUGCUGAAGCCUACCUUGACAUGUCCAGCGCCUAAAAACAAAAACAAAAAAAAGUCGUCCACUGAACUUUCAUGGAAUUUGCAAACUUUUGCACAGAGAUUAGAAAACUCGCUGUACUGGAUAUAAAUGUCACUUUUUAAACCUAGUGCUGUUCACAAUUGUUUUUAUGCAUUUUUUAAAUGUUUGCCACUGUAUUUUAUACAAUGCAACACUUAACAGCUAAUUUGAAUGUUUCUGUUCUUAACUAUAUUUAAAGAAAUAAACUAUAUUGUGUAAAUAGACGGGGGGGAAAUGCGCAAUUGUACCAACGAAUAAACAGAACGCAUACUGAUUAAAAGUGUGUUUAUUGUGAGUAACAAAAUAUGAAUUGUUUGACAACAUUGGAAGUGUGGAGGUGGAAACCUGGUUGUGUUUGUACAGAAAGCUAAAAACGUUUACAGCUGCAAAAAUCUCAGGCACAUGAACUUCUGUAGCUCUGUGGAAACACUCCUAGUUCUGAUUAUCGUUAACAGCAGCUGUCAGCGUGGACUGAAUUGGCUCACAGUCACUUUGGCUUUGUGAUCACAUCAAACAUCAAACUACUACAGCAGUGACAUUAGUGCAUACCGGUCAAGCUCAUAGCUAUGGAAUCACAGAAGUGCCAUAAUGAAAGUUAAAUCUGUUUUAAAAAAAGGAAAUAAGCAUGUAAAUAUAUAGAGGAAUAAAUAAAAAAAACUUUAUUUAUUCCUCUUUGUAUUGACACAUUUGUUUCCUUAUUAAACAGAUUUAUCUUUCAUUAUGGCACUCCUGUGAUUCCAUACAUAACUGCUUAAAGGAAAAAAGCAAAUCAGCUUUGUCAUACUGCAAACAGUCAAUCAAAACACACACACACAUAUAAAUGUUACAGGCCAAAUUAGAAUCCAGGCAGAUUUUAAAUCCGCCAAGGCAGAAUUAUAAUUUUGAUUUUGCCUAGGCUAGAUUGAAAUUUGAAUGGUUUUGAAUAUGAUAUGCUCUGUUAAUGUAAUUAUUUGUUUUCCCUAAAAUUAUGUACCUUGAAAUUUGGUUUUAGAUACAAGGUAAAGAAUGACUUAAGAAGUAAUGUCAACUUUUGUCCUCAACACUUGGCAAAAUAAACAGGGAAAAAAUGA